AUGGAAGUGCCUGUGAGAGAAAGUCUUCUGUGGCGUAUACUCCCUGCACGCUACAUAUUAUCCGUUUUCGGCUCCAUAGGCUUUGCAAUAGUCUAUGGGCUGAAAGUGAACCUUUCUGUCGCUAUGGUGGGGAUGCUGAACCAUACUGCACUUAAAAAGGCUCAAGGGGAUUCUGACGCACACGGCUCCGGAGGACCAGGGGAGUGCACAGCUCCUGGUGGAAGCAGUAACGCUACGGAAUUAGAUGGCCCCUUCACAUGGUCAUCGGAGGUCCAGGGCAUAGUCCUCAGUUGUUAUUUCUGGGGAUACUUCAUCUCACAAUUACCUGCCGCCCGUAUCGCAGAGUUGUACUCAGCGAAAUGGGUGAUGUUCUUCAGUGUGUUCAUCAAUGUGGUGUGCACUCUGCUUACCCCCGUAAUGUGUAAUCUGCACUAUUCUGGCGUCGUGCUCAUGCGCAUAGGAGAGGGGAUUGGAGGGGGUGUAACGUUUCCCGCAAUGCACACGAUGCUGUCGAAAUGGGCGCCGCCAUCAGAGCGGAGCUUCAUGGCUGCACUGACUUACGCUGGGACCUCGUUAGGCACCGUCAUAUCUAUGCUGAUGGCUGGAGUACUCACUGCUAAUAUUGGAUGGGAGAGUGUGUUCUACGUAAUGGGUGGUUUGUCUCUGAUCUGGUGUGUGCUAUGGGUGGUGCUGGUGCAGGAUACGCCUCAGCAGCAGAGGUUCAUGAAUGCUGACGAGAGAACCAUGAUCCUCCAGGCUUUGGGCAAUCAAGAGAAUCAAGGACAGAAGCACAAGCAUCCGAUGCCCUGGGGAGCAGCGUUCAAGUCGCCAGCAUUCCUUGCGAUCCUGAUAGCACAUACCUGUUCCAACUUCGGCUGGUAUAUGGUGCUCAUCGAACUGCCCUUCUACAUGAAACAAGUCCUCAAGUUCAAUAUGACUGAGAAUGCGUUGGCAGUGUCUAUGCCGUUCCUUUCUCUCUGGUUCUUCAGCAUGGUCCUUAGUAGGACCCUGGACUGGUUGCGCGGGAAAAAGUAUAUUUCCACAUCAACGGCGAGAAAAAUUGCUACUAUGUUUGCAUCGUUAGUGCCAGCCGUAUGUCUGCUCGCUAUCUGCUACAUCGGUUGCAACCGCAGCGCGGCCGUGGCGCUCAUGGCUAUAGCCGUCACCUCCAUCGGCGGCAUGUUCUGUGGAUUCCUAUCAAACCACAUCGAUAUCGCACCUAACUUCGCUGGUACAUUAAUGGCUGUCACCAACACCGUGGCAACUAUACCUGGCAUCGUGGUGCCUAUCUUCGUUGGCUAUGUCACGGAUGGCAAUCAAACUAUAACAGCAUGGCGCAAAAUAUUCUUCACUACAAUCGGGCUGUACGCAAUUGAAUUAGUGACGUAUACAUUAUUCGGAUCUGGUGAGGAGCAACCUUGGAAUAAAGUGGAAACGGAAACGGAACCUGAAGAAAGGGAAACAAAGCCCUUAAGAAACUGA